UAACUUUUAUAAAAGUUCGUGUCUUAUCAACUAGUCUUUUCUAAUUUUCUUUCCCUUUAGCGUGUCUGAACUAGAAGAUUCUUCUAUCUAAUAAUUUUUGAACUGUUGAAGAAAUGCUUCAAUGUUCAUUUCUUCCGGGCUAUGAACACUUUGGAUUCUCCUGCUCUAUAAGUGUCUUCUUCUUCAUUUGAGUGUAUGCGAAGUGUACAAGGUCAAGACAAUUUCAUGACCCCAUACGAUCCUGAAUUAAGAAAAACUCUAUGAAAAUGAUUGGAACAAGUCAAAAUCAGAAAAUCAAUGAAGAUUCUAUCGGAAAAAUUCAUGGAUAUGUUGUUGGAUUCCAACCUCACGGAGCAACGGGGGUGCAAAAUCGACUAGCACCUGAUGUGUGUCUUAACUAUAGGGUGGAUCAUAAUAUGACAGGAUAGACAGGUGCCAUCGUCGUGCCUCUAUUACCUACUAAAUAUACAUUAUGGGUCUAAGCAGCCCGAUGCAAAUACUCAGUGGUAGAGGGUGUUUUGCUGGGCUACCAUCAGAGGACCCAUUUGCUCAUCUAAACAAAGUCAUAAGUGUUUGUAUGAGUAGUGUCCAAUGACCAAAUUUGAAUAUGGAUGCAAUUGGUUUAAGGGUAUUUUCAUUAUAACUGAUAGGUGACACUACAAUAUGGUUGUCUGGGCUACCUUAUAAGUCAAUCACCACAUGAGAUGAGCUACAUAGAGAACUCUUAGCUAAAUAUUUCCUGGUUUCAAAGAAAAUGAAACUUAAAGAUAAAAUUCAUAAUUUUGUGGCUUCACCUAGAGAAUUGAUUGGUAAUGAAUGAGAGAGAUUCACCGGUUAUAUGAGGUGUGUUUCAAAUCAUCGAAUUGGUGAUUAACCUCUAAAUGAGUAAUUUAUCAAGUCUAGAUAACAAUGUGAAAAUUGUGCUAGAUACUAUUUUUGGAGGAUCUUAUGGAGCAAACACACUCCAAGAGAUUGUUGAGAAACUUGAAAGGAUCUCCAAGAAUACUAAGGCGUGUAGCACUCAGUCGGCCUAUGAUGCCUACUGGAUACCCCGUGCAUGGUUACUCAUGUUAUACUUUUGCAUUUUUUUCUUAUGCAGCUCCCAAUUCGAGUUACCUUCAGUGCUGCGCGUUUGGAUAUGUCUUGCCAUCCCAGACUUAAAUUGUGUUAGGGAAGACAUGGAGAGCAUUUUGCCGACGACGGCGUUCUCUGUUACUUCUUCUUCGUCAAAAUCAGAUAGGCGAUCAAAAUCAAAAUCUACUCAAACGUCAUCUAAACCUUCACUAGUACUGGCGUUAAUUUCCUGCUUCGCUUGGUUAUAUGUUGCCGGAAGGUUAUGGCAAGAUGCAGAGAACAGAGUGUUAUUAGUUACUCUUUUCAAGAAGAAUUCACAGCAGAGACCAAAGAUGCUGACAGUGGAAGACAAGCUAAUGGUUUUAGGAUGCAAGGAUCUUGAGAGGAGAAUAGUUGAAGUUGAAAUGGAAUUAACAGUGGCUAAGAGUCAAGGGUACCUCCAGAAUCAGUUGAAACAGAGUGGUUCUUCUUCAGGCAAACAAUUUCUGGCUGUUAUAGGAAUUUAUACGGGAUUUGGAGGUCGAUUGAGGAGAAAUGUGAUCAGAGGGUCUUGGUUUCCAAAUGUUGAUGCUUUGUCAAAACUUGAAGAAAGAGGAGUGCUCGUGCGAUUUGUAGUUGGUCGGAGUCCCAACCGAGGUGAUAGCUUGGACCGCAAUAUUAAUGAGGAAAAUCGAGCAACAAAAGAUUUCUUGAUUCUAGGAAGUCAUGAGGAAGCUCAUGAGGAAUUGCCCAAAAAGGCUAAAUAUUUCUUUAGCUCAGCAAUACAAACUUGGGAUGCAGAGUUUUAUGUGAAAGUUGAUGACAACAUUGAUGUUGACCUUGAUGGGUUGAUUGAGCUCCUCCAAAAGCAUCGUGGUCAAAAUAGUUCUUACAUUGGAUGCAUGAAAUCUGGAGAAGUAGUUUCGGAAGAGGGAAAGUCAUGGUACGAGCCAGAAUGGUGGAAAUUCGGAGAUGAGAAGUCGUACUUCCGACAUGCUGCUGGUUCAGUUGUGGUGCUUUCUAAAAAUUUGGCUCAGUAUAUUAACAUAAACAGUGCUUCAUUGAAGAGCUAUGCACAUGAGGAUAUAUCUAUUGGAUCAUGGAUGAUGGGUCUUCAGACAACUUACAUAGAUGACAGCCGCCUAUGCUGUAGCACCACGACCAGCCAAGACAAGGUGUGCUCAUUGGCUUGAUGUUAUUCCAUUCCAUUCGUUUCUAUUGGAGCAUCCCAUGAUUCAAAAUGGAAACAUGCUGUUUCUGUGUCAGGUAGUAGUAUUGCUGAUCUAAUUCAGCUAUUAUAUAAAUAUGGAGUGGGCAAAAUCCUUUAUAGGAUGUGUACACUACUAUUGGAGUAGAGAGUGUAAAUUUUGGGAGGACUUGAGUUUUUUAAAGAUGGAAAUAGUUGUUGAUGAAGUGAUUAAAUUAGUGGAACAUGAUUUUGUCCUUGCCGUGAUUAUAUACAAUUUGAAGAUCUACCUGUUAAGCAGGAGGAUCGAAAGUGCCAUUAUCUGAAGUUGAAUGAAUGUAAGAUAAAUUAAGCGUA